AUGGCACCUACAGCAACUGCCGCCGUCGGCGCCGCCGUCGCCUCGAUCCCCACGACGCUCAAGACCGCCGUCUCGGCCGUCUCGGCCACCGCCUCCUCUUCCACCCUCACCACCUCCGAGGUUUUCGAAAAGGAAGCCCAAUAUGGCGCACACAAUUACCACCCUCUCCCUAUCGUCUUCGAGCGUGCCUCCGGAGCGCAUGUCUGGGAUCCCGAGGGAAACCAGUACCUCGACUUCCUCUCUGCCUACUCUGCUGUCAACCAGGGGCACUGUCAUCCCGCUAUCGUCGGUGCACUUGUCGCUCAAGCGCAGAAGCUGACCCUCAGCUCGCGUGCGUUCUACAACUCGUCCUUUGCGCCCUUUGCCGAAAAGGUGACCAAGACGUUUGGGUACGACAUGGUUCUCCCCAUGAACACGGGCGCUGAGGCGGUCGAAACCGCGCUCAAGCUCGCCCGCAAGUGGGGAUACAUGAAGAAGGGGAUCCCCGAAGGCAAGGCUCGACUGCUCUCCGUCGCUGGCAACUUUCACGGUCGAACCCUCGGAGUCAUCUCCAUGUCCACCGACCCCGAGUCUCGAACUGGCUUUGGGCCGUUCCUCGACCGCGUCGGCCCAGGGGUGGACGACAUGCACAUCCGCUACGACAACGCUGACGAUCUCGAAGCUGUCCUCGACAAAUACGGGCACGAAGUGGCCGCCUUCCUCAUGGAACCCAUCCAGGGCGAAGCAGGUAUCGUCGUCCCCUCGGACGGAUACCUCAAACGCGUCGAGCAGCUGUGCAAGAAGCACAACGUGCUCUUCAUCUGCGAUGAGAUUCAAACCGGUUUGGGUCGGACCGGCAAGAUGUUGUGUCACCAGCACGAUGGGGUUCGACCGGACAUUGUGACGCUUGGCAAGGCGCUCUCUGGCGGUGUUUACCCCGUGUCGGCGGUGCUCGCGGACAAAGAGGUGAUGCUGUGCAUCAAACCUGGUGAGCACGGCUCGACCUACGGAGGUAACCCCCUCGGUUGUGCUGUCGCCUCCGCCGCUAUCGACGUGUUGAUCGAUGAAAAGCUCAGCGAGCGCGCCGAGACGCUCGGUGCCAAGUUUCGCCAGCAACUGGGCGAGAUCAACCACCCCCUCCUCGCCUCCGUCCGCGGUCGCGGCCUGUUGAACGCCAUCGUCAUCGACGAGACCAAGAGCACCAAGGGCAGGAGCGCUUGGCAGCUGUGUUUGUUGCUCAAGAGCAAAGGCUUGUUGGCCAAGCCGACGCAUGUUAACAUCAUUCGACUCGCCCCACCCUUGGUCAUCGACGAGAAGGAUCUCGAGCGGGGCGUCCAGAUUAUUCGGGAGGCGCUCGAGGAGCUGGAUUCUGUGGAGAGCAUUCCUGGUGAUGACGAGCACUGA